AUGAAGUUCAUCACUGCCGCACUCGUCUCGCUCUUCCUCUCCUCUUCCUCGGCCGUAGCCGUCUCCAGCCCGCACAUCGCACGUCACCUCCACGCCAAGCGCUGCCGUGCCCCCUCGUCGUCGUCGUCCUCGUCCUCUGCCGCCGCGGCCUCCUCCUCAUCUGUAGACGUCUCUGUAUCUGUGUCCGCAGCAGCCAAUAUCGCGACCACUUCCAGUUCCGUAUGGAGCUCGAGCUCGACCUGGGUGCCUGAGACUACCUCCUCUUCGACGUGGGAGGCCGCCCCUACCACGACCUCGUGGACUUCCGAGGCCGCCCCUACUACUUCUUCGACACCUACGACGACUGAACAGGCUGUUACCACGACGUCAUCGACCGCUGCUGCCGCUACCUCUUCUUCCUCGGAUUCCUCCGAAAGUUACCUUACAGGCACCCAAAGCGGACAAGGUGUGUCGCUUUGCUCUCUGACGGUGGUCCUGGCUGACGCUGCGUCUCUAGGAACUUACUACGCCACGGGUUUGGGCAGCUGUGGAAUUACCAACACCGAUACCGAUUAUAUCGCCGCCGUGUCGUACCUCCUGUUCGACAGCUACCCUGGUUAUGAUGGCACCAACCCGAACAACAACCCUGUCUGCAACAAGAAGAUCACCGCCACAUAUCAAGGCAAGUCCGUCGAUAUCACCGUGACGGACAGGUGCACGGGAUGCGCGUUAACCGAUCUCGACUUCUCCCCUUCCGCGUUCGACCAACUCGCCGACGAGUCCGUUGGUCGUAUCUCUGGCAUGACCUGGGUCUGGGCAUCAUAA